GACACGACAGCAGUGCCACGUCAGCAACCAGUCACCGCAGCAGCAGGUCACGUCAGUGCAUGGUGCUACCUGCUCAAAGACAAGCGGCAUGGAUCAGCAGCCAGGUGAGACUACCGAGGCCUAUGAGGCCCGCAUGCUGGACAUGGUCGCAGAGUUCAAGCAACGGGCAGCUGCGGCAACAUCCGCACGUAAGAAGGAAGAUGAGGACGCAGAGGAACAGCGUCGCCUCGGUGAACAGCAGCGACAGGAGGAAGCUGAGGCAGCAAGGAAGGCCACAGACGAACGCCGUCGACUACGCCGAGACAAAAUCCUCGAAUGCGAGGGGGACAUCGAGGUGAUUGUCGGCGAAUGGGCAGUGGCUGCUGAAGAGGAGGGUGCCCCCCCCACUGUGCGUGGCCUUGCAACCACAAUCGAACAUGUGAGCGACUUGGUCGCCACCUGUGCAGCACAGCAAGAGGACAUCCUCUGCGUGGACACCCUGGUCCGGAAGAAGAUUGGAAUUAUCGAUGAAGUGCUUGACCGGGCACAUGCGGAAGUCGACAGUCGUCUCUUAUAUUCUUAUGAGGACUAUGCUGUCCGGCUCGUUCCUUCGCUGGGUUCUCAAGCUCAAGGACAAUAUGUGUGUGCGGCUUCUUCUCCGUCCAACAACAGCAACAAUGAAUCGUCUUCAAGUGGUUCUUCAAGGGUUUUGAUGCACGAGUUCAACGUAGAGGUCUCGGACCCGUUGACGUUCGAGGAUUUUGCAUGGCUUCCUCUCCCUUCCACAGGCUGCUUGCCGAGACCGCAAUGCGCAGCACUAUGCGCCCAUCUCCACACAUACUUAGCCUUCUAUGCACCACCAUCUUCACCGACGGAUGACGAAGCUGCGGUGGGGGACAUCCUUGCGUAUGUUACCAAGGUGGCCCGCGAGUUUCGCAUGCAGCGGUACGAUGAUAACAAUGCACCGCUCCUUUAUGUCCGCAUCCAAGUUGGGCAAGCGUCCUGCGGCGCUUUGCUGGAUAGCGGCGCAACUCGCAAUUUCAUCAACCAGUCCUUUAUCCAAAGGGACGGCCUUGGCGCACAAGUUCGAAGGAAGCCAAACCCGACGGCAAUCAAGUUGGUGGACGAUCGGACGCAACAACUCCUCGAUCGCUACAUUGAAGCUAUGCCGAUUUAUUUCACACCUCAUGCAUGUGAACCGGUGACGUUUGACGUCUUAGACAUGGACUUCGACAUUAUUUUGGGGAUGCCUUGGCUUGCAAGUGCGGAUCACAUGGUUAACUUCCAUCAACGGACACUUACCGUUCGCAACGCCUUCGACGCCGAGGUGUCGUGUACCAUUCCUCUUCCACAUUCCUCGAUCUGGUGCCAAGUUGUAACGACCAAGUCUUUUCAGGCCACUUGCGCUUACGAGCGGACCGACGAGAUAGGCCUAUGUUUUCAACGAGCCGCCACGACGACCGAAUCUUCACCUACGGACUUGUCUUCAGACCCCCGAGUGGUGCGGCUGCUCGACGAGUUCACCAACAUCUUCGAGUCUCCUACCGAUGUGGUGCCGGAUCGGCCGAUCUCCCAUGAGAUCAUUCUUGAGGCUGGUGCCGUGCCACCGAAAGGAUGCAUCUAUCACAUGAGCGAAGAAGAGCUCGUGGUUCUCCGCGCUCAACUCGACGAUCCUUUGGACAAGGGCUGGAUCCGCCCUAGUAGCUCACCAUACGGUGUGCCAGUUCUCUUCGUACGGAAGAAGAACAAGGAUCUUCGUUUGUGCAUCGACUACUGCAAGCUCAACGUACAAACCGUCAAGAAUGUGGGACCUCUUCCGCGGAUUAACAACCUUCUCGAGCGUUUGGGCGGCGCGAAAUUCUUCUCGAAGUUGGACUUGAAGUCGGGCUACCAUCAAAUCUUGAUACGCCCGCAAGAUUGCUACAAAUCCACGUUCAAGACACAGUACGGGCAUUUUGAGUGGAUCGUUAUGCCUUUUGGCCUCACCAAUGCCCCGACGACCUUUCAAGCGGCAAUGACCAACGAGUUUCGUACGAUGUUGGACCGGUUCGUACUAGUCUACUUAGACGACAUUCUCGUCCAUAGCCAGACAUUGGGGGAUCAUCUUGAGCACCUUCGACGAGUGCUGGAGACGCUUCGCCGUGCCAAGUACAAUGCCAACCGCGACAAGUGCGAAUUUGUCCUGCAAGAGCUGGAAUACUUGUGCCAUUUUGUCAAACCGGAGGGCAUCAGUCCGUUGUCGGACAAGAUUCAAGCCAUCCAAGAGUGGCCGGAGCCGAAGAACGUCACAAAUGUUCGUUCCUUCCUUGGCUUAGCCGGCUAUUAUCAAUGCUUCAUCAAGGGAUACUCGAAGAUCGCGGCUCCUUUAUCAAAGCUUCAAUGUGAGGACCGACCAUUCAACUUCUACGACAAUGCGCGGACUUCCUUUUUGGCUCUCAAAGCCGCAUUGCUAUCUGCGGAGGUGUUGCGCAUCUACAACCCACUCCUGCAGACACGUGUCACUUCUGAUGCGUCCGACUAUGGCAUUGGUGUCGUUCUCGAGCAACAUGAUGGUGUGGACUGGCACCCGAUCGAGUACUUUAGCAAGAAAGUGCCCGCCGUGCACUCGAUCGACGACGCACGAAAGAAGGAAUUAUUGACCUUCGUACACGCGCUCAAGCGCUGGCGGCAUUUUCUUCUCGGUCGAUGGCAGUUCCGAUAGGUAACGGAUAAUAAUCCAUUGGUCUUCUACUAGACCCAAGACACAGUCAAUAGCACCAUUGCCCG